UCAACUACAACUAGGUAUCGCUUCUCGUCUCGCUUCUUUUCUUGGGUUUUCUUGAUGUUUUUAUUUCUUUUUCUAAUUUGAAUAAUGAAUUAAAGUCAGUUAUGCACUGCCCUUUGGGAACUGCAGCGGUGAAUUUAUAGUAUUUUAUUGCAUUCACCGAAUGAAUAUCCUUUACUUGCGAAUACCUGUUUUUGAGGCCUUGGAAUAAUGCUCGACGAAGAAGGCGAUGUUCCCGCACCGUCCAAAAAGAAACUCGACAAAAACCAGCCAGCCGAAAACGUGACCGUGUCCGUGGAUGGAAAAAAGUCCGAUAAAAGUGACACUGAGGACCCCAAACCACGAAUUGUCCUUACUUUUCGAUCUGAUAAGUCUGGUUCAAAGAACAGCAAUAUGAAAAUCGUAUCCAGCGAGGACAAGCACGAAGAGUUUUCCCCACGUCGAUCAAGUAGGACGCGCAGCAAGUGGGAGUGGACAGAAGACGCCGAAUCUUCAGUUUCACCCAAAAAAGACAAAAGCCUCUGUGUUUCAGAAAACGAGGAAGUUUCCGACAGUUCUAUUCCAAAGAGGUCAUCGAGACGUCGAAGUAAAGACUCCGCGGAUAAUGUUUUAGCCAAUGCUAUAGCCAGAAAAGAGAAAUACAAUGAGACUGUGCCUACGCAGAGGUUGUCUCGGCGUAUAAAGCCUACUGCUAAAAUACUGGCAAAUGAAGAGCUGAGAAUAGGUUUGGAGAGUCAGAACAAUGCUAGGCUAGGUAUAACUGCCGAGGAAGGAGUGCGUACUAGGAGAUCAGCUAGGCCGGUUUUCUUGAGUCUUGACAUAAAGGAUAAAACUACAAAGACUGUGAAAGUGGAUAUCUCAGGAGAUUGCGAUGAUAGUGAGAUGAAGCUGAAGCAUCUGUGUGAGCUGGGACUGAAGGCCAAAGACACUGAGGCCGUGGAAGAAGAGGGUGAUGGAGAAAACAGAGAAUCAGAAAAUGAGUGCGAAGUUCUGGAUGAGGAUGAAGAAAUUGAUGAUGACUCUGAAGUCAUCAGCAAACUGUUGGAGGCUGACGACGAAACUAUUUCUGAAGGGAGUGAUGAAGACUUCUCAUGUUCCGAUGAAGCAUCGCAGACAGAGAAAGCGCCACGUACCAGAAGGUCUACACGGCUCACUUCAUCUUAUGGCAAUGAUGAGAGUGAAGAAUCGUCAAUGGUUCAAGACGAUGACAAGACACAACCCCGUCGUUCAUCUCGUCGCUCCACCAGGCACUACUAUGAUGAGGAGAAUCUCCCAGAGAAUGACCCUGAACAUGUACCACGUCGUAAAAAAACACGAUUACGAGCCGAAGAAACACAGCCGGAGGUUGUUCAAGAAGACAGUAAUCCAGCGGGCGGUGAGGAAUCCGAAGCGGCUUGUCCAGAAGAGGACAGCGCUAUAGUGGCCACCUGUUUCUGUGAGGCAACGAGCAACGUGUACGCAGCCCCGGAUGAACUGACUGAGCCGGUGUUCUGCCAGGCGAUCGAGAGCGUGGACGGCAUCCGCGUGGGCUGCUCGCACGCGUGCCGGCGCGAGGGCGGAGCGCCCGGCGCGCCCGCGGCGCUGCUGCGCGCCGGCCCGCGCGCGCCCUACGUGCUGCUGUGCGCGGCGCACGCGCAGCUGCUGCGAGCUCACAUGUGCUGUCCGGCGUGCGGCGUCUUCUGCACGCAGGGCGUCUUCUACCAAUGCUCGGAGAAUCACCUGUUCCACUUAGAAUGUGGUCUCCCAUACAACGAGAACAAGUCCACCCCGGGCUGCCCCCACUGUGGGGUCCGUUCCUACCGAUGGACCCCUGCCAACCAGCGGUGUGUCAGCGUCCGUGUUCAUAUGCAGUGUUCGAAUAAAAGGAUAUAUUUACCAGAACAGAGACAGCAAUGCACACCAGCAUACCUCUGCUUCUCAUCACUAUCUGAAAAACGAGUGACGUUAGACCCCAUCAUACCUGAGGACCUUCUUCCGGAGACUCCAUUGGACCUUGGACUGCUCGAGGUGAAGGCAGAAGGAGGACAAAAUGAUGCUGAGCUGCUCAGGGAUUUGAAGGACGCUAUUGUUAGCGGGGAGUCUGCGGAACAGCUUAUCAAGAAAAUCGCCGUGAUCCACAAUAUAAACCAGCCCGUGGACGAGCAGCAGUCGUCGGCCGCGCACGUGGCGGCGCGGCGCGGGGCCGUGUGCGCGCUGUACGCGCUGCGCUGCGCCGGCGCAGAUCUCGACGCCUGCGACCGCGGCGGGAGGACGCCGCUCAUGGUCGCUGUUCAAGCUCUUUUGGCUAAAGAUGGCCCCACGAAGUCUAAACUCCUCAACAAUGAGACAAUGGAGGAUAUGGAAGUCGACGGACAAGAGAUUAAAGGAGAGAACACGAGCAAGGAGGAUGAGAAUGAGAUAUUGAAUGACACGAGUAAUGAAGAAGAGAAAAUAAAAGAAGAAACUGAAAUAUUAAAUAAUUUGAGUGAUCAAGAAGAUGUGGUAAAGGAAACAAGCAAGGAAGAACACAAAGAGUUAGAAGGUGACAAAAAAGAGAUAAAUGAAGACGAUAUUAAGGAAGAAGCCACAAGUCAAGAAGAGAUAGAUAUAAAAGAAGAGAUCUUAGAAAUAAGAGAAGAAGAGAUAAAAGAUAUGUCGAGUUCGGGUGAGAAUGAGACAGAUAGUGGAGUGGAUGAAGAGGAGCUGUUCAAAGUGAUUCGCUUUUUGCUUGCCGUCAGAUGUGACGUAGAUUUUCCUGGCCCUGAAGGUAUGACGGCUCUGCACAUGUGCUCGUCGCAGGGCGGGCGGCGCGCGGAGGCGGUCGCGCGGGAGCUGCUGGCGGCGGGGGCGCGCGCGGGGGCGCGGGACCGGGGGGGCUGGACGCCGCUCGUGUGGGCCGCCGAGCACGGCCACGCCGGGAUACUCAGGUUGCUUCUACAAAAUGGCGCCGACGCGACGGCCACAGACAAGGAAGGCAACGGCGUCGUACACUGGUGUUGUCUCGGCGGGCACGGCCAGUGCUUGCAGCAGCUCGCCGACUCAGCGCCAUCUGUCGUCGAGCAGGCCAACCAGCAUCGCGACACGCCCCUGCACAUUGCGGCUCGACAUGGCCACUACUCGUGCGUUGUUAUACUUCUGGCGAGAGGAGCAAGGACCGAAGUGACGAACUGUGUUGGCGAGACGCCAUUGGACGUUUGCGGCCACCACGACUCGUGUCGGCGCGCGAUCUCCCUCAACAUUCAGAUGGCGGCCAUUACCGGCGCGAGUAAACACAGGCUGCUUUGCAAUGACAUAUCCCGCGGGCGGGAGCACUACCCCUUGCCGUGCGUGAACGAGAUAGACGACGCCCCGGCGCCGGACGACUUCACGUACGUCACGGCGAACGUCAUGUCCGAGAAUAUAGUCGUUGAUAACACUAUAUCCACUUUGCAGGGUUGCAAAUGCAAGGACUCGUGCGAGGACAGUUCGUGCAGUUGCUGCGUUCUCGGCGUGAGGAGGUGGUACCGGCACGGGAAGUUACUGCCCGACUUCCUGUACCACGACCCGCCGAUGUUGUUCGAGUGCAACUGUACCUGUCAGUGCAAUGUGAAAGAAUGCGCCAACACGGUGGUGAGCCGACUGGCCGCCAUGGGCUCGCUGGGCGUCCGCGCGGCCGUGUUCCGGCGCGCGGCGCUGGGCUGGGGGCUGCGCGCGCGCACGCGGGUGGCGCGCGGCGCGCCGGUGGCGCUGUACUGCGGGGAGCUGCUGGCGGCCGCGGCGGCCGACACGCGCGCCAACGACCACUACAUGUUCGCGCUAGAUGUCAAGCCGGACUUGUUGGAGCAAUGCUCCGAGAAGACGGUCCUCUGCGUUGACGCAGCCCGCUACGGAAGUGCAGCUCGGUUCAUCAACCACAGCUGUAAACCCAACCUCACACCGGUGAGGGUCUACACCAGCACCAGAGACCUGAGACUGCCCACUGUGGCUCUCUUCGCCUGCACUGACAUACAGCCAGGAGAAGAGCUCACAUUUGAUUAUGGCGAUAAAUUUUGGUCAGUGAAAUCGAAGUGGAUGAAAUGUGAAUGCGGGACUCCGGAAUGCAGAUAUCCCGAGGUCAAGGAAGAAGAUGAAUCUUAGCUUUAAUAUAAUGUUGCUAUGGACUAUCUAAAUAUUACCUGUAAAUAGUAUUAAUCUUGUAUAAUUUAUUGUAAUCCUUUUUAUUAUAAAUCAAUC